GGAAGGAUUGUAAUAAACAAGCUGUCCUAAUCCUUUGGUUUCACCUCCUACGCCUCCUCAGCUCUGUCCACCUCUCCCUCCCGGUCUCACUCCUCUGCCACUCUGCUCUCCGAGCUGGAGUGGAUGCUGCUAAACUGAGCGGCUCUAUAGGUUGGUCCUUUUCAGAAGAGUUCCUGUCGGGACCAUUUAUGGCACGCUGGGGGAAAUACAUCGAGGAAUGCAGAGCAGAGACCAGGCUGGACUGAGAGAAACCGCAGGAGGAGCGAUAAAACUGAUCUGGGAAAAGCAAAAAGUUGGAGGCUGAGGGGAGCAGGUGGAGCCCGGCGUCAGCAGCUCCAGCAAGUCAUCGUUUUUCCUUCCAACAGGUGACACCCCCAGACGUUCAGAUGCAUUUAUCACUGGACACCAUGAGCAUGGUGGACGACAGCUGCCUCUCACCCAGCAACUUCCACGAAAUGGGGAAAGGCGGGGGCGCCGCAGUCGGGGGCCGCGUCCACAGCAUUGAUGUCAUCCUGGGCUUCAGUAAGGACCAGGAACCCUUGCUAAGUUCUGCCGGACCCAUGGGGCCCCAGAAGAUGGGCUUAGAUGGACUGGGAGAUCACGUGAAGCAGCAGGAGUCCUUGUCCCACCCGUCCUACAGCGGACACCUGAGAAACAGCAGCUCACAGCAGCAGCAGUACCAGGAUCCUGGUUUGUACACAAGCAAGAGUGAAGAAGAGCUGGCUGAGCUCAGGAAAAAUGUGGAGAGCGACGACGGCAAGUCACCUGAGUCAUGCCAGGAUGAUCAACCCAAGAAGAAGCACAGACGCAACCGCACCACCUUCACCACCUACCAGCUGCACGAGCUGGAGCGCGCCUUCGAGAAGUCCCACUACCCAGACGUCUACAGUAGGGAGGAGCUGGCCAUGAAAGUGAACCUCCCUGAAGUACGAGUCCAGGUCUGGUUCCAGAACCGCAGAGCUAAAUGGCGUCGGCAGGAAAAAAUGGACGCCAGUACCAUGAAGCUUCAUGACUCCCCAAUGCUGUCCUUCAGUCGCCCGCCUCCGGUUCACACCAGCAUGGGUCAAAUAACCAACUCCCUCCCGUUGGAUCCCUGGCUGACGUCUCCCCUGUCCAGCGCCACAUCCGUCCAGUGUAUCCCAGGCUUCAUGGGUCCAGCUCAGGCCCUCCAGCCCAGUUAUCCCAGCCAUGGAUUCCUCAACAGCGCCCCCCAUGCUCCUCACCUGCACGCUCACCCCCAUCCUCCAUCGGGGCAGGGGAUGCAGAGCAUGGCUCCCCCACCUUACCAGUGUCCAGCCCCAUACUCCGAUAAAUUCCCCCUGGAAGACGUGGACCAGCGCAGCUCGAGCAUCGCCGCUCUGAGAAUGAAAGCCAAGGAACACAUCCAGUCCAUGGACAAGACCUGGCAACCCAUGUGACUAAUUGAGAGUCCAUGUGAGGAACAAUCCUGGCACAAAGCAGACAAUGAAAACUCCUGUCAUGCCUGCUCUGCCACAAAAUUGAAGUGAGACUGAGCUGUGAAAACGGAAGAACAUUUUUGGUACUUUCUUUUCUUUUUAACUUUUUUCUCAUCUCCAAGACUUAAAAGUGAAACCAUGGUGAGGUUGCAUUAAUGGUUAUCCCUUCUUCCUGUUAAUGUUGGGUGCAGAAAAACCAACUAUGGUCAUCAUUGCUUGCACCCAAGAAACUACUGUAAUUCACUUUUUUUAAUUAAACAUGCUUUUUAAAAACUCAGACAAAUUAAUUCUCACAUUUUAUGAACAUACUUGGGUGUCUUACGAAAGUAUUCACACCUCUUGGACUUUUUUACAUUUUGUCACAUCGUAGCCAUAAACUUCAGGAUCUUAUGUGAUGAGACAAUACAAAGCAGUGAAUAAUGGUGAAGUGGAAAACAAUGCUAAGGGGUUUUAAAGAUUUUUGACACACAUGCAUGCACACACACACGGACACACACACGCGCACACGCACGCACACACACACGCGCACACACACACACACACACACACAAAAGGAAAAACAUUUGCAUUUCCUAUUAGUUUCCACCAAAACUAAUCUUCCUGGUUAAUAAUUGUCUUAAGCUUUCUGGGGUCCAAAUUAUAAAAUACAAAACAUAGGAUAACAGUAACAUUAACAUAAUACAGAUAAAAUUAGUCAUACAUCUCACAUUACAAAUUACAUACAUUCACCUAGAUUUAAAAAAAUUUCAGUUCUCUUUAAAAAGGUAAAGCAUUCAAAUAUCUGAUGUAUUUAGGGAAUUUGCCCCAUUCCUGAAUUGUUCUGUAGAUAACAGAUUUUUGUAAAAUAAGUUUAUUUCAGCACAGUUUAUAAUUAAUUCACCCUCCUUAUGUCAAAACUAGUGCAGCUCCAAGUGUUUUAAGGUCAAUCUUUACUUGUUUUGCACAUUUGCACAUCUGCAGUCAGAAAGGCUGUCAAGUCUUGCUACAGAUUUUGAAUGGGAUUUAGGUGUGGGCUUUGACUGGGCCAUUUUAGCACUUGAAUACACGUUUAUCUGAACCAUUCCAAUGCAUCUCUGGUCCAAAUGUUUAGAGUUGUCCUGUUGGAAGAUGACCCUCCACCCUCUUGGUCUUUUGCAGCCCUAACAAGUUUCCUUUAUGGAUUCGACUGUAUUUAGCUCCAUCCAUGUUCCUACCAACUCUCAUCAGCCCCACAGUAUGAUGAUGCCAUCACGUUUCACCAUGCGAUGGUGUGUUCAGGGUAAUAUGCAAUGUUAGCUUUUAGCUCACAUAAUUUUUUAGAUAUAGGCCAAAGAUUUCAGUUUUGGUCUAAACAGAACAUCUUAUAUAUGUUUGCUCUGCUCAUUACACCACUUGUGGCAAACUGCAGACAAACUUCUAAUAACUUUCUUUCAACAAUGGAUUUCAUCUUGCAACUCUUCCUUAAAAGCUAGACUUUUGGAUUGAACGAUUAAAAGUUGUCCUGUCAACAGAUUCUCAAACAGUGCAGAUCCUCCAGAGUUACCAUGAAGCCCAACCUUUCCCCCAUGAUCUGCCUGGUUCCUUUGUUUUCAAACCUGUGACUUUUCACAGUAGACAACCUAUUUUUGUAUUUGUACUGGAUUAUAUUUAUGAGUCCCAACGUAAAUGAGGUCUAGUAGAAAAAAUGUAUGCGACACUUCUCUUGUCUCAUUGUACAAAUUAAAAAAAGACUUGUAUCAUUUUCCUUCCACUUCAUAAUUACACUCUGCUUUGUGUUUUCUUUCACAUAAGACCCCAGUAAAAUACACUGAAAUGUUUGGCUUCGCUGGCAAAUCUGGCAUGAAUACUUCUGUAAGGCUUAGCAUAUGGUUGGUGUUUCUAGCUCAGAGCUCAGAUACUUCAAAGUCAUUGGAGAAAGAGGUCAACAGAGGACAUUUAUAGCUCUAUAGACCUGGAGAAUUUUGUCAAUAUGAGGCUGAAAACUGGAAUAAGAAUAAUUCGGUCCUGAAGAAAGACGUCCUGCCACCUUUUUUGACCCAGAGUUAAUAUUGCACCAAAACCUAUCCUGAUUAUUUUCUGACAUUCUGCUUUAAAUACAAAAUGGAGGGUUGAACCAGAUACAAAAACCAGCAAAAGUACAAAUUUUUUGUUGUUUUUCUUGCUUGAGUGGCAGUUAGAGGAGAAAACCUGUUGGCAACUCAGUGCUGGUUGGCUGAGAGUACGUGCAGCGCAGCAGAAAGAGUCCUGUGUGAUGCGUCACCCCGCAUAGUUUGGUCUUUGUUUGGCACAAUUGAUCCAAGUGUAUCCUCUUUGUCUGAAACUGAAGGGGGAGAAACGGUCUCAGGCUGGACUAAAUAGGCCCAUUUUGUUAUGGAAGUUUCUUUUUUCCCCCUGUUGAUCAAACAACAAGGAACAUAGAUUGUAAGCUGCGGUCAUUAGGGACACAGAAUCAGUCUUUUACCAUCUGUUGCAGCACUGAGCUCUAAUUAUCUUCAAAGUAGAGAAGGUCAGUUGUAAAAAAUCAAUAUGAAACAGGAAAAAUCGGCUCUGAUUCAGAGAUGUUUCUGCAUCCCACAAACUUGAACAUGUACAGGUAGAACAAUGAUGUCUCAACUUGAUAAUGGAAAAAGAGGGAGAUCAAAACCAUUAUUUUAUGCAGUGCAAUCUCAAAUCCCCCCUUAUUGUUCUGUCAUUGCAUUCUGUCUUAUAAUGUUUUAUUUUAAUAUAACUGCAAACAGCAAAGAACUCAAAUCCGCAGCUCACUUUUAGUUCUCAUGUAAUUUUUAUUUUAUU